AUGCCAAUCGAUGCACACCAUGGAGCCAACGAGUCGAAUCAGCCUGAGGCAGAGAGUUUGAAUGCGCACAUUUCAGAUGAGCCAGUCACAGAUGUUGACCAGUGGAUGGAUCUUGAGGAGGAAGAACAUCAACACAAUGUUGACGACAUUCGGACCGAGUAUCACCCUAACUCUGGAAUCCCAGCACAGACACGAACAUUCUCGACGUUUCAGCGCGACCUUUUGCAAGACCCACCAACUCCUGAUGCACAACCUUGGGCACCAUUUCGAUGUCGGCUGGACUUUGAGGUAGCUGAACUUGCUCAUGAAGCCGCCCUCAGCCAGCCUCAAAUUGAGUGGCUAAUCAACCUUUUGCAUCACUCAAAGCAGGAGCCUUUCAGCCUGUGCAACUACAAAGAUAUUCGGAACAUGUGGAAUGCUAUUUCCCAUCAUCUAACACCAGUAAGGUCAUCUCUAUUGCCUUACGAUGGAGUUAAUCAAGAAUUCACUCUCUACUACUGGGACUUAUGGGACUGGGCGUGUGACCUUCUUUGGGAUCCUUAUCUUGGCCCUCAAUUUACCUUUGAUGCUCAACACCUGUCAAAGUUUGACGGUAAUACAUUUGUGAGAUUUAUUGAUGAGCCUUGGACUGCGGAUACUUUUUGGGAGGCUCAGUUGGCUAUGCCUAGCCAUGCAAAGCCUCUCGCAUUCAUCCUCUAUGCAGAUAAGACAAAGUUGUCUUCCUUUGGUCGUGAAAAAGGCUACCCUGUGAUUGCCCGUAUUGCAAACCUCCCCGCAUCCAUCCGAAAUGGUGAAGGCGUUGGUGGCGGUCGAGUUGUCGCCUGGCUCCCCAUUGUCAAAGAUGAUCCCUCGAGGUCGGGAAAACAGAAAUUUGCGGAUUUCAAAGCUGCGGUUUGGCACGAGUCCUUCAAGCGAAUACUCAAGUGUCUUACAUCAAAGAGGAAACAUGGUGGAUGGGUGGAGUGUUGGGAUAAACUUCAACGCCUUAUGUUCCCUAUUGUUCCAAUCUUGUCUGCGGACUACAAGGAACAAUGCAUUAUGUCCCUGAUCCAUGGAGUCAUGGGCAAAUUUCCAUGUCCAAUUUGUUUGGUUCCGCAUGCCAAGUUGCAUAACCUGUUGGAGACCUGGCCACUUUGCACAUGUCACGAUGCUGUUCGCUUGCUCAGGAAGGCAAGAAGGAAGUACACCAAGGCAAAGCGAGAGAAGAAGCUGAAGUCUCAGUCAUUGAGAGAUGUCAAAAACUCUCUCAAUCUAUCAAAGCUUCUGGACGUCUUUUGUGCCCUUUGUUUCGACCGCCUACAUACUCACCAUGAAGGACUGUGGGGAAAACACUUGUGGAUCGAGCUGCAAAAAUGCGUCAAUGAAGUUGGUAGACACGCUGCGACUAAAAUUGAUGAAGGGUUUGCGGCAGUGCCAAGGUGGAGGAAUCUCAACCACUUCAAGGAGGUCAUGGGAGUUAGCUUCACUGAUGGGACAAAGCAUGAAGACAUAUUAAAGUUGAUUCUGUUUGUUGCCCAUGACAUACUUAAUCCUGAAACACAUGAGUCUGGAUAUCUGCUCCUUCAAUGUAUUCGAGCCCAUUUAGAUGUAGACAUGUUCGCAGCUCUCGAGUUUUCAAGACUCAUGGACAAAUAUAUUUCCGAGUCUGAAUGUGAAUCAAAGAGUUGGGAUUCUCCCAAGUAUCACUUGGGCAUUCACCUUUUUGACGAUAUCAAGGCCAAAGGCAUCUUACGUGCGGACCAUUGGAGCCUUGUAUCUGCAUGGAUUCGCUAUCGCAUCAACGACCUUGAUGACUAUAAUGCAAGAAAAGAAGUGAGUGAUCUCGAUGAUUCAGAUUCAGAUGAUGCAGUUCUGAAUGCACCUGGACCAGAGUCCAGCUUUCAUAUCAAGCUUGGUUCAUGUCAGCGUGUAUUGUCGAUACAUGCCAUUCAGCAAGCACACCUUGAAGACCUGGCAUUUCAUCAGUUUCAUACCAAACUUAACCACUUUCUCAACAUGAUACCUGUCAUUGCACGAAAUGGACAUGUUGCACUUGAAUUAAGUGCCAAUAUAGUAACAGAAUUCCGAUACUUGAAAGCAAACUUCGAGUCGAUGGUUGAUUUUCGGAUAUCAACAGACUACCUCUGCUGCUCCCCGAUGUUUCACAAUGCCCCAAGAUAUGACUCCAUCAUCAUCAGGACUCAAGAUGGGAUCAUCUUUGGUCGCUUGAUAUUCAUAUUCACGUGCUUAGUUGAAGGUACAAGUCAUUCCAUGGCUCUUAUUCAACCUUAUGAUGCCCCCAUUCAAAAUCGACCUUUGAAGGACAGGCUCCUGGGGUUGUGGCGAGUUAGAGCUCAACCUCGGCAUAAGAGUGAGUUUAUUUUCACUGAAUCAAUUAUCAGGGGGGUGCUGUUGCUUGAGGAUCGCUCUCAGCCUGGUGACUUCCUUGUUGUUGAUUCAACUGACACUGAUAUGUUCCUUCACAUGAAACUUCACAAGGACUCCCAUGUAUACUAA